AUGUCUGUGAAUACAUCCUUACCGAUAGCCAUUAUCGUCGUCUCAUUCACCCACCAACAGCUUCCAAAAACCCUAGAGACUGCAGGAAUGUGCAUGUUAGGCGUGGACUAUAGGUGUUGGUUGAUUGCUGCUAGCAGGAGGCGCGAAAAGCGGACUGAGCUACAUUUGCCAAGGCCUGCCUUUAGUAAGACGAUACUGACGAUACUGAUUGCCGAUAUUGACGAUAUUGACGAUACUGACGAUACUGUGGGGACUGUCGAUACUGUCGAUACUGUCGAUACUGUCGAUACUGUCGAUACUGUCGAUACUGUCGAUACUGUCGAUACUGUCGAUACUGUCGAUACUGUCGGCACUGUCGACACUACUGACACUGUGGAUAUUGUCGAUACUGUUGAUACGAUUACGGUGCUGACGGCUGAAAGGGCGAAGAUGGUGGCGCGGAGCUGGCCGAUGAUGCCGGCCUUGUUAACAGUGACCGAGGACGUCGUCGAGGAAGAGCCUAAGCUGGAUCCGGUGGGCUUGGGAGGGAAGCCCCGGUUCCAGGCCCGGGUUUCACCUAGCUACCGCUACGCGUGGAUCCCAGUCGAUGACGGCCGGGUCACUGCGCGGACAAAGGUCGUUAUCAUCAGCGCGUAUGCGAAGUGUUUGGGCCUCGCGGAGCAGAUGGUGUGGAUAUGGCGCGCCUGCGAAAAUCUGUGA